CGUCACCCGAAGCUGAUCCGGCAUACGAACCCUUAUCUUUCCCCUCACUUUCUCUUCUCAUUCCCCUGUCGAGCAAGUUGCUCCUCCGUUUCUCGUCUCCCUCCCCCCCGGUCGGCUUCCUCGCUACCAUGUCGACUAUGUCGUUGGAGCCCCCCACCUAUCUCAGCUCGUUGCAGAACAACAUCCGAGCACGCCCGAUUCCAUGGGAUGGAGCUGUCCGAGCUGGCAGCAUUACGGAAGAUCACCUCAAGAGAAUCAAGGCCGUGGAUAAGGUUCGCAAGGAACAACGCGUUCAGACGAUCGAGGGGGAUCUGCCAGGCUACGUCAGUCUCCUGGCGGGCGGCCCCGAGGGACAGAGUGUGCUGGAGGCCGCCUCGCGGCGGUCCGAUAUCGUCCAGUAUAUCCUCGUUCUGACCGUGGACUUGAUCAACGAUGUCCCGUCUCUAUCCUCCGAAUUGAUCGCGCAUCCCGCCCCCUACAAGUCCUUCCUCCCCCUCCUGCGACACUCGACCAACGCGGAAGACCCCAUCCCCCUUCUUACCUCUACCUGCCUCACCAAGCUAGUAUCGAUCAGCCUGUCGUCGACGUCCAAGCCGGCCGCAAGGGAUGACGAGGCACUCCCACCCCUGUACACAUACCUGUCGUCCCUGACGCAAAACCAAGACAGCGGACUGCAGGACAUCGGGGUGCAGGAGCUGUCGGCAUUACUGCGGAACUCGCGGUCCCGCGUGAUCUUCUGGGAGCAGCGGAACCAGACGGUAUCCCCGUUGAUUGACAUCCUACGUGCCGCCGCAGGAGCCAAGGACAACGGCAGCAGCGCCAGCACGCUAGUAGGCAGCUCGCGAUCCGCGGAGCCGGGCCUCGCCGGCGGGGUUGGCCUCCAACUUCUAUAUAGAGUGCUGUUGGUAAUGUGGCAGCUGAGCUUUGAAGGGCGCCUGAUCGGUGAUGAAAUUCAAGACGACUACGAAUUCAUCCAACUCUACACGCAACUCCUGCGCCUCUCCCCCAAGGAAAAGACCACGCGUCUCCUCCUCGCAACGCUCAAAAACCUCCUCUCAACCAACCGCGGCAACCUCCUCCCCAUCGCUGUCUUCGUGCGCCUCCCCGCACUCCUCACCAACCUCUCAGGCCGCCACCUGACAGACCCGGACCUCCUCGAAGACCUGAAAUUCCUCACCGAGAUGCUCGACGAGUACACCAAGACGCAAACCACCUUCGACCAGUACGCCGCGGAGCUCCAAUCCGGCCACCUGCGGUGGUCCCCGCCCCACCGCAACCCCACCUUCUGGAAAGACAACGCCCGCCGCAUCCUCGACGACUCCAACGGCGCCCUGCCCAAGAAGCUGGCCGAGAUCCUCACCAAGAGCUGGGACAACGACAAGCAGGUGCUCGCCAUCGGCUGCAACGACGUCGGACACCUCGUCAAGGAGCUGCCCGAGCGACGUAACCAGCUCGAGAGACUUGGUCUGAAGACGAGAGUCAUGGAGCUGAUGGCUGAUAAGGACGAGUCGGUUAGAUGGGAGAGUCUGCGUGCGGUGGGCGAGUGGCUGCGGUAUACGUUUGACAGCUGAUUCUUAACUCUCUCUCUCUGUCUCUUUGUUUUUGUCUUCUCCUGUAAUAUGCGCAAGCGUCCGUGUCUAUACCACCCAAUCGCUUUUUCCUUUCUUGAAGAUGGUUCACCAUAUCUCUUUCACGUUGGGUCUGCCUGUCUAGCCUAGUAUCUAUAUCUACAUUACAUUACAUCUACCAAGUACAACCCUGGAAGAUAAGGGGCAAGAC